UUUCCCACCGGUUCUGUUUUGAGUGAGGACAGGAGAUUUGGUUGAUUCGCGCUCAACCAGUAUUGUACUGUCUCGGCUUUGUCGUGAAAAGUGCAAUGGCUGUGCCAGGUCCUAAUAAGGACAACAUUAGAGCUGGUUGCAAGAAAUGUGGAUAUCCGGGCCACUUGACCUUUGAGUGCCGAAACUUUGUCAGAGUUGACCCCCAGAAAGACAUUGUUCUGGAUGUAAGCAGCACCAGCACUGAGGAGAGUGAAGACGAUGUGCCUGCAGCGCAGCGCAAUGAGAAGCUGGGGAGAAGUGGACAGCAUCGUAGAGGUUCACGUGAUGAUGAUGGUGAAAGAAAAGAGAGACACAAACUGAAGAAGAGCAGAGAAAGAAAGUCAAGAAAGAGAUAUGCUUCGUCGUCAAGUGAUGGGGGGUCUUCAAAGAAGAAAAAGAAGCACAGCAGGUCCUCUCCCUCAUCUGAUGAAGAGGUGAGGACGAAGAAAAAGAAACUGAAAAGCCACAAGAAGAAAAGCAAGAAGGACAAACGGGAGCACGGGAAGCAUCACAAAAAGAAGCAGAAGAAGAGGAAACAGAAAUCUUCGUCUUCCUCCUCCAGCUCCAGUGAAUCCUCAGAUAGUGACUAAACUGUGUCUCGAGGUCCAACACUUUUUAAUUUUUCCUGUCCAUGAAACUUUGUUUUGAAGACUCAAAAAAGCCACGCCAUCUUUUACCAUACAAACAUUUUAAAAAGAGCUGUUUACUCUGAGAGGUAUUUAAGAGAAACCAUCAUGCAAAUAAGUCUGUUGGCUGUAUGAUUCUCUGAAACAUUUUGGAAAAGAUAUGUAAAAAAUUUGUCACACCACACAGUUAAAUGUCUUCUUCAUUCAAAUUCAGGAAUCUUCAGCUACACAUAGUGCAGUCAUAAUGCUGACUCUCUUGCCUGGAUAUUUUUUGUUUGCUUGAUUCAUGUGUCAUUGUACACAACUAUCAAAAUUUUACAACAUGAUUUUUUGGUUUGACUGGGCAUAAUACGUAGAUAAUGGUCACGAUGUAUAUUUGUGGCUGUGCUCUCUCACCCCAUUCAACUCAGAAAACAAGUCAUUAAAUGUCCCUUUAUUCAUCUGACGUGUUGGCCUGUGUGUCAAUAAUCGCCCAAUUUCUUUGUUAGUGUCAAUGCUUCUUUCUAUAUAAAACUGUAUAAAUGCUGUGUAUGCUAUUGAUGGAGUGGCUUCACGGUACAACAAAACCAACUCCUGGAGGUUCCUGCUGAAACACAGGUUGUUAGCAAUGUGAUGAGUAUUAAACAGUUAAUUUUCUCCUUGAACAUGUUUGAAAACCAUCUGACCUUUUUUGAGGAUUUCAUUCCAAAAAUAUUUGUGUGUUACAAUUUUGAAAACUGAGGGGAAAAAGCUAAUUUUGGAGGCUUUAUCUGGUUCUCUUUAUUUGCUGUCUGCCCUGUACCAUUGCUUUUUGUUUCCCGUCAGUAAGUGUUCUUUUAUUAUAAUUAAAUAUAUAUUUGUAUCAAACUGUCA